AUGGUCACCAUGCUGGCUUACAAAACUAUGAGAUCUCACAGGUCAUUACGGAUUUUUUACAAUAUUUCUCGUCAUUUCAACAAACAGAACAGGGAAAGACAGUCACAAAGAUUAUGUACAGCUCUAUUGAAUCCCAGAAGGGAGUACAGUUCUGCGGCAGAGCAGUUACAGGAACCGCAUAUUCAAGGAACGGAGAAAGAGUACUCACCCAAAAUCGAAAGAAUUGUGGAUGAGAUAAGUCAGUUAACUUUACUAGAAGUUUGUGAUUUGAAUGAGCUUUUAAAAACAAGACUUAAGAUUAAAGAUGGUCCUGUGAUGGCCAUGGCAGGACCUGCCGUUGCGGCCCCUAAAGAAGAAGAGGAGGAGGAGGUGGCCCCCAAGAGGGAAAAGAACGCAUUCACAGUCAAGCUGGUCAAGUUCGACGAUUCAAAGAAAAUCACACUAAUAAAGGAACUUAAAAACAUCAUUCCUGACAUUAACCUUGUUCAAGCUAAGAAAUUCGUGGAAGCUGUGCCGCAAGUCGUAAAGGCUGAUAUCAUGAAGGAAGAGGCUGAGAAACUUAAAUCGACCAUAGAGGCCGUCGGGGGUGUUGUCGAAUUAGAAUAAUACGGGAAGCAACUGAUUGUGUGACGUUAAGUGUGUUUAGGCAUGCUGUAAGUGUGCAUUAGACAAUGCAACAUUGUGAAUAUCAGGUUGAUGUUGAAAAAAAAAACUAUGACUGUAUGUUAAAAUUAGCCAGUUUUGUUGUAUCAUAAAUAUGAAUGAUAAAUAAAAUUAUUAUGAACAA